CUAUUAAGAUUUCAUUUAUGGGGGCUGCUGUAUAUUCGAUUUAGUUUGCAGUGAAAUGAAGGUCCAAAGGGGUUUCUUUGCACUAGCUCUGUCUUUCUGCGCAUGGGGCACAACUUACGCCACAGGUCCAGUUUAUCAGACUGUUUGCAGGCAAACAGGCGGCUCAAUAACUUGUUAUCAAAACAACACUUGGAGCUACAACGAGCGUACUCAUAAAUGCUAUCGUGUUCAACAGAAUAAGGAGCCAUGCGGCUUCUUCGAUGGCGAAAAGGGAUGCAAGGACUUCUGCGGAUAAAUCAGAAUGAGCAGUCCCAAUCUAAUAUAUGUAUUCACUUGAAUUUGUAUACAUCUGCUAACUGUUGUUGAUUGUAAUCUAUACCCAUAGAAAUUACAUUUUCAAUGGUUAUCACAUUAAGCCGUAUAAGAUUCUCAAGGAACUAUAGUAAUACGUUGGCGUUCUCUGUGACUUCAGCAGUUUCCAUGAGUGCCUUAAAUUUAUUGUAUAUUCUGCUCUUCAAUACGAUGUUUAAAGAUGUCGUCUCAAUCAAAACCACGCUUUGCAGGCGGCACGAAGCUGAAAACCCCUGCGUCGAGAAAAACACUUGGGUAUUCGAUCAGAAUGCUCGAACUUGUAAUCCUGUGACUCCUGACAAGGAACCCUGCGGGCAUUUUAUUAGCGAAAAGGCUUGCAAAGAGGUCUGUCUACAAAAAAAAAUAAAAAAAUUUUGGAGUGAACGCUUGUUGAAAAAUUAA